CUCCUUCAUGCACUCAGCCUCUACCGCUCCUGCCACGCAGUGCGCACUGAACGGAGUUGAGGGGCCACAUUUGGAGCAGCCUCAAGCCAACCAGAGAAAGCCAGGAGACACACCGGCAACCACCGGAGAAACAGAGGCGAGAUGUCUACCUACGUGCACUCCGAAUGCCGCCGGGUCAGCCCCUCGGUCCACGGCAACAAGUUUGACACGGCGCACCGCAAGAGAGCCGUGGCCAACAUCUUCGAGAACGUCAACCAGGACGCGCUCAUGCGUCUCUUCCAGAAAACGGGCGACAUGAAGGCGGAGGAGAGGGUGAGGAGCAUCUUCUCCUACACACAGGACCCCGAGGAGACGGCCAAGGCUUUGAUGGCUCUGAAGCAGCGCAAGAAGGACAAGUUCCUCCAGAUCGCGGGCAUGGUCCGGCAGCUGCUCCGGCUGCGUUGAGCUGCGUCUCCCUCUCCGUGUCCUUUCUCUGUCUCUCAGCUCCGAAUGAGCUGAAUGUGAAUGCGCUCCCGCUAUGACCAGGUGACCCGAGGCUCACCUGUCGCCGGGGAAAGAAGCAUCGAUAAGGUGUGGACGUGAAAGUCAAGCCGGCCGCCCGGAUGCCAACAGUAAUGUCACUACAGUGGAUGAUGGAGGUGACAGCAGCGCGUCCUGCCCUGUGGAUACAAAGUGAACACAUGGAGCAAAAUGGAAUGACUGGGAAUCCGAAGGGCCCGAGCGUCCUCCCUGAGACUUGAUAACAAAGAUGCAUUCCUGUGGAUGUGUGACUCUGAAGCCGCACCUCAGUCAGGUGCACAUUACACUGCUGAUGCUGGAGAACAGCUACAAUGACUGUCUAGUGCCGAAGAACAUGCCUAUUACAAAUGCCUGUCCUUUGAAAACAUGCCUUCUCUCUGUUAUCAGCUCCACCUUGUUAUAAUCUCACUAUUCAUUAGUGGCCACUAAUGUGUUUUGUUGUUAUAGCUCAGUGCAUUUAUGAAAUGUUCCUAUUUGCCAUUUUUAAUAAAUUAUUGUAUACAUAAACUGAAA